CUUCCUUCCACACCGUCAAUGGCAGACUCUUGGCCCUCAGAGAAGAGAGAGAGAGAGAGAGAGAGAGAAAGAGAAAGAGAAAGAGAGAAAAGGGUCUGUUGACUGAGCUUAGUCGGCAAAAGCCGUCGUGUAAGGGAGAUAAUGUUUCUCUUUAAUUUAUGAAUACGCGUUGAAAUUUCAUCCUUACACAAGCCCAACACUUUCUUUGUUGUUAAGCUUGUCACCAACCAUUCCAUUCCAUUCUUACCCUUAAUCCCUUUCUAACUCAAGUAUAAAUUUUUCCCCUUACCCAUUAUUUUUUGUCGAUCAAUUUAAUGAUUCAUUGUCUUCAAGUGGUAGGAUCACCAUCACCCUCUAUUUUUGAAUGUUGACAAUUUAUUGGGUUAGUGUUAGUGGAGGAUUUCUUAAUUGCGUCUUUGAUUGGAAUCGCUGACUCUGUAAUUGGGUCAGUUUGAAAGUUUCAAAAGAGGGCAGAGGAAGCGUGGAUUUUCUUAUUCUUUUGUUUUUAAGGGUUCAAGGAGGAGAAAUUCCCAGCUUUGUUAUUGGAGGGGGAUGAUGCAUGAAUAUUAGCUGGUCAGUUGCAUGAUGGAGUUGUAGGUGGAGGAUAGUGAUCGUGGUUAUUGAUUGAAGGAUAAUAAUAUAUUGCAUAGUAGUUGAAUUUGUAUAAUAGCUUUGUGCUGCAACAUGGGGUGCAUAGCUUCCAAGAGUGCAGCUGUUGAAGACAGCAGGGAAGGUGUGGCAAGGGAAUUCACUUCAUCCAGCAAAAGGGCGGCCUCGAAGAUGAAGGCUUCCGUAUUGAAUUCGGAGAAAAGGAUCGAUGGGGUUUGGGGGAAAGAUAAGAUUUUGGAUGGUGCUGAUAUGAAAGUUUCAUUGAUUGACAAGGGAUCCAGUGGUUCGAUGCGGUCGAGUAAUAAUAAGAACGGGAAGAAGAAAAAGGAGAAACCUGAAUUGGCUGUUCUUGAUCAUCCUGGUCUUGGAAGGGUUCCAAAGGGUUUAGAAGGAGAGCAAGUUGCAGCAGGGUGGCCAACUUGGUUUUCUUCUGUUGCUGGUGAAGCUGUCCAAGGGUGGAUACCGCGGAAGGCGGAUACUUUUGAGAGGUUUCAUAAAAUUGGCCAAGGAACCUACAGUACUGUGUAUAAGGCUCGUGAUUUGACUGACCAAAAGAUCGUUGCGUUGAAGAGGGUACGCUUUGAUAAUUGUGAUGCUGAGAGUGUCAAGUUUAUGGCAAGGGAAAUCCUUGUUCUGCGUAGGCUUGACCAUCCAAAUGUAAUAAAGUUGGAAGGCUUGAUAACAUCGAAGACCUCUCGCAGCUUGUACCUUGUUUUUGAAUACAUGGAACAUGAUCUUACAGGACUUGCAUCAAGUCCUAGCAUUAAGUUUUCUGAACCACAGGUUAAAUGCUACAUGCAACAGCUUCUUAGUGGAUUGGAUCAUUGUCAUAGUCGUGGUGUCCUCCACCGCGACAUAAAGGGCUCAAAUCUUCUCAUUGACAAUAAUGGCAUCUUAAAGAUUGCAGAUUUUGGUCUGGCAAAUUUUAUUGACCCCCAUCACAAGGUUCCAUUGACCAGCCGUGUAGUAACUCUGUGGUAUAGACCACCAGAACUCUUACUUGGAGCAUCUAAUUACGGAGUUGCUGUGGAUUUGUGGAGCACUGGUUGCAUACUGGGGGAACUGUAUCGUAGCAGACCUAUAUUACCUGGAAAAACAGAGGUUGAACAAUUGCAUAGGAUUUUUAAACUUUGUGGCUCACCAUCUGAGGACUAUUGGUGCAAGCUGCGGACGCCACAUUCAACAGUAUUCAGGCCUCCUCACCAUUAUAGGCGUUGUGUUGCUGAAACAUUUAAAGAAUAUCCAUCUGCUGCCACAAGGCUUAUCGAAACCCUACUUUCUUUAGAUCCCACACUUCGAGGAACAGCAGCUGCAGCCCUUAAGAGUGAGUUCUUUUCAUCGGAACCCCUUCCUUGUGAUCCAUCAAGCUUACCAAAAUAUCCUCCCAGCAAAGAGAUUGACACUAAAUUGUGGGAAGAAGCAACAAGGCAUGGAGCUGAUAGGGAAAAGGAGCAAAAAUUUAGACCAGGAGGUCGACAAGAGAAAGAACCUCAGACAUUUAUAUUAUCCAAAGACAGUGCCGACUCCUGCAUAUCAAUGCAGCAAGGGCAACGCCUUCCAAACUCAAGGAGCCGGAAUGAGUUCUUCAAUCCUCACAGAGAACCUGUGUCUGGACAUUUGGUUUUUCCACAAAAACAGUCAGAAGAUCAUAAAGAAACGCUAAAUUAUUUCUCCGGCCCUCUUUAUCAGAGGCCUUUGCAUUCAGGUCCAUUGGUUCCAGGUUAUGGCUGUGAAAUGGUUGGAAGGGAAGCCGGUGAACGGCGGCCUCAUGUUUCAAACAAAGUCAACCUACCAAAACUAUCUGGGUUAGUGGCAUCUAGGACUUCUUCAUUGUCUGGAGAUCAAAAAGAAAAUCCAGUUCCUUCGAGGCCCCGGGAAACAAUUGAAGUACAAAUAUCUUUGGAGUCAACUAAUGGAUCAGAGUCAAGAAGAAGGCAUGAUACCAAACACCAUUCUCAGAGAAUUGAUCCCAGGAAAAUUGAAAAUGGAAAAGUUUCAACUGAAACCUUAAUUCAGGAUGGGCAUGGAUCCAUGGGAAACAAUAUCUACCACCUCUCUGGUCCGUUACUGGUUUCUUCAAACAACAUAGAUCAGAUGCUCAAAGAGCGUGAUCGAAAGAUCCAAGAAUAUUCAAGACGAGCAAGAAUGUACAAGUCUGGUGAGAUAGCUCAUGCAAAGCAAAAUUAGGAUGAUUCAUAGUCAAUUACAAUUUUUUUUCCAAUUACGCAGCUAGUUACAUUUUUUAAUGACCGUGAUAUUUAUCUCAAAAUUAUAGAAAGAGAGGUAAAGGGUGGAAAGUGUGUUCAUGCACGCUUCUCUUGUUAAUUACAUAUAUAGUGUAAAUUGCUAAUAAGAAUUUGAUGUUCCUUCCAUUAUUCAUGUUUUAUCCUUAUGUACAUGCGAUCCAAUUUUGAAAAAUUGAAUUACUAAAGCUCCAUUUGUUUGGUCUCAA